UCCCUCCGACAAACGGGCGCAUGGGAUUCCCGUCGUCACCAUCGGAUCAGAUAACACCAAGUGGAAAGACCAUCGUCCCAUCGGUCACCCGACGGCGUCUAGAUACGGAAAUUGGAGCACACCUUGUCACCUUCUGUAGGGGCUUAGGUGUGUUGAAGUGUUCUGUAGCGCAUUUCCAGGGGGCCAAGGCCUUCUUACUCCAAGGUACCAAUCGGGAACCGCGGAUGGAUUCCACCCCGGGGAUCACUUACAAACCGCCCGUUUUUUUCCUCAAAAACACCGAACCACUUUCUUUCUCUCCCGCCCAGUCAGCAGUUUCGCCUCUCUCUCUCUCUCUCCCCCUACCUCCUCAAAAAAACAACAAAUGAACUUAAACAGUGGCGGUCAACGUCGUUGUUUAUGGUUUUGUUUGUUGCCCUUUUGUUAAACUCUGUUGUUUGGUUUUUCCCUCCCCUCAACUAACUAACCAACUACACUAACUAUAACCCUCCAUUGAUGCGGUCAACCUAACGUUUUCACCACCGCGCGCGCUACCUACCUACCUUACCCUCCUCUGUUUGAGCACGUCGCUUGCUCUUCAAAUCUUUUCCAACGUAACGGGCAGCACCCACCACCGCCCAUCAUCAUCAUCAUCAUCAAUCAAUCAAUCGAUCGAUCAAUCAAUUCACCAUGGCCUCCUCCUCAAACACAACCACCGCCUCCUACCCUCCCCUCCCACCCCUACCAUCCUACGAGCUAAAACCCCUCCCGGACCUCUUACCCUUCAUCUCAGACUUUUGGCUCUCCAUCAUCCUCCCCCACGUCGCCUACUGGGUAGUCUCGGGCAUCUUCCACCUCAUCGACACGUACGACCUCUUCCCCCAGUACCGCCUGCACACGCCCGAGGAGAUCUCGCAGCGCAACCUCGCCUCUCGGUGGGAGGUCGCGCGGGAUGUUGUCUUGGAGCAGAUCCUCCAGGUGGCGACGGGCGCGUUCUUGAACCUGACCGAGGCGAAGCAGAUGACGGGGUCGGAGGGGUACGACGUGGCGGUGUGGGCGAGGCGGAUCAGGAUCGCGCAGAGGGCGCUGCCGAACAUGCUCGGACUGGUGGGGUUGAACGCGAGGGGGCUGAGCGAGAAGGUUGCUUUGGGGGGGUACCCUCUGCUGGCGGGGGCGCUGGCGGGGGGGGAUUACCCUUUUCUGACGACGGAGCUGGUUGUGGAAGGGGGGAAGAAGGCGGUGAUGGAGACGGUGCCGGCGUUUGCGGUCUGGGAGGUUGUGCUGGCCAAGUUGAUGUAUUGGGUUGUUGUACCGGGUUUUCAGAUGUGGAUUGCGGUUGCAGUGAUGGAUACAUGGCAGUAUUUUUGGCAUAGGGCUAUGCAUGUGAAUAAGUGGAUGUAUACAAACUGGCACGCCCGCCACCACCGCCUUUACGUUCCCUACGCUUACGGCGCGCUUUACAACCACCCGGUCGAAGGCUUCGUCAUGGACACGCUUGGAGCUGGCAUUGGGUACAAGCUCUCGUUCAUGACCAACAGGAUGGGCAUGUUGUUCUUUGUGACGAGCAUGAUGAAGACCGUCGACGACCACUGCGGGUAUAAGCUCCCCUGGGACCCGCUGCAGCACAUCACGAGCAACAAUGCCGCCUACCACGACAUUCACCACCAGAGCUGGGGCAUCAAGUCCAACUUUUCCCAGCCCUUCUUCACCAUCUGGGAUAGGUGGCUGGGGACCAAGUGGGAGGGGGAUGUGCAGCUCAAGUAUGAAAGGACGAGGGCGAACGCGGCGGCCAAGGAUGAGAAGAAGAGGUUGGCGAUGGGGAAGGAAAGGAAUGGGAGUGUGACGAUGAAUGGGAAGGUGAAGGCCAAGUGAAGAUACUGGUCUGAUAAAUAUGAUAUAUGGGACUGUUAAUGAAGGGAUAACGCUACCUAUGUGCUUUUUCUUAAUGGAGGAGGAGGGGUGGUGGGUUUGGAAAGGAUAAUUUGGAGGGGGAUAGGAAGGGAGGUGGGAAAACCAAGUGGGCUUGGUGGUUGUGGUUUUUUUUGUUGCUUUCAAACAAACCUGUAAUAAGAUUCUUCUUGUGGGGUGGUGGUGGUGGUGGUGGUGGUGGUGUUUAGUAAUGGAGACUCCUCUGGCUUCUUUCUUGGCUCCUUUCUUGCUGGGCAAAAGGGGGUUGAGGGAGAGGGGUUUGGGGGAAUUUGUAGUUACUGAAGUUGUAUUUUUUGGGGUGGUUUUUGAUACUUGUUUUGUUUCGUCUGGGUGUCAGUGAUGUGUUGUUGUGGGUUUUGUGAGUAUCAUAGCAGGGAAGCUAUAAAAAAAUAUAUGUUUUGGGGGAGGUGGGGGCGUCGGUUGAUGGGACGCUUUGUUUUUGUUGUGAUAAAGGAAUUGGAUGGUUGGUACCUGCGUGUUAGGUAGGUACGGUUGGCUGUUGUGAUCGAUGCGAGGACAGCAGCAGGGAGAUGGGUUCGUUCGCGUGUACGUACGUGCAGAUAUGAUGAAUGGGUUGGGUUGCCUGGGUGGUUGCAAGCAGUCGGGGAGAGGGAGCGAGACGUGAGG